UAAUCUCGUCAUUUUCCCACCGUGAUUAUGUUUAAUUUGAACGCCUCUUACGUUUAGAGUAGCAUUCAGACUUGAAUAAAGUGGAAAAAAAGUUAAAUUUUAAGUGUGCAAAAACAGACUUGAUUUAAAGUAAAAAAUGCACGCUUACUCAUCGCAUAUUUAUACUUGUCCAAACUACCGUGUGAUACAGUACUAUAAAAGACAGUAGUUUCAAAAGUAGGGAAGUCGCUGUUUUGUUAAGGUUGAAGGAAAACAAAUAAUUAUCAUAUUUUUGGCACGAGGAAUAAAGAUAUUUGAAAAAUAUAGAUAUGGAUUUGUUCAAAUUGAAAGCUUUAUUCUUAGUCCUGAAUGGAAUCGCAGGUAUGGUUUAUGGACAAGUGACAGAGGAUCUUGGACCAGUAGGACCCAGUUUUGACACGUGUGAAACUAUCAAUUGCCCUGUAAACUCAAAAUGUGUGGACGAUAUGGGAUAUGUUUCCUGCUUAUGUAAUCCAGGGAAAACUGGUAUAAACUGUACUAUUGACGACCCAUGUUUAGAACGGAAGAAAAAUUGCCCGGCCGGAAGUGUUUGCUACGGAGACUGUGAUCCGAACGUUAUAUGUGAAGGAGCCACAGGGUUUGCCCAUUGCCGAGGUUGUGUGGCAGGCUGGACCGGCCUUCACUGUGAAGAAGAUAUCAACGAAUGCGACGAUACCAUCAACCCGUGUUUAAACAAUGGUAAAUGUAAUAACAUCAAAGGAGACUUCAAAUGCAUAUGUGCAAGACGCUGGAAAGGAAAAGUAUGCGAUUGUGAAAAAGGAACUGCAUGCGAUUUCGAAGAGUCUAAGACAACCGUUGGACCAACUGGUAAAGGGACACAACUCAUUUGCAACAUAUCUGUAUUCAUAGUAUCUUUAAUUACGUACACAAUUUGGACUGUGUAGAUAUGAACGUAGAGAAAUUUUAAUUUUUUUUUAUUUGGUUUUGACUGAAAAAAAGUGCUACAGAAUUCUUUCAUUAUAAGCAAAGAUCUCGUGCUCUGAUUGAGUUAUUAAAUUGUGUAAGGUCAGUCUAAUACGCUAACGUCAUGAGAACUAUGUCAUCAUGGUCUUCAAACCUGGAAUAAAAUGCAUUUAAAUGAAAAGUGAAAAUAAAGAGAUUAUCACCGUGUGUAAGGAUUUAUUGACAUUCCUUUAAGAGUGAACGUAUUUGAGCAUACAUGUUUGAAGCAUCGAAUACAUGUAGGGAUGAAUAUGUGUUUUCGGUAGGGGAUUUCACAGAAAAUCAAUGUUAUAAGUAAAUCAAUGUCACUAGUAAACCAAAGUUAUAAACAGAUCGAAUGAACUAAAAAAUUCAAUGCAAGAAGGAAUGGGGAUAUAAAUGGAACUAGUAGCUCAAUGGGACUAGUUAACCAAUGAAACGCAUACAUCCGUGGAUUUAUUAAACAAAUGUUAUCUAGGAAAUCGAUAAAACAAUUAAAUCAAUGGAUUUAUUAUAUCAGUUGAAACACGUAAAUCUGUAGAUUUAUUCAUCAAUAGAACUAGUAACUCAGUGGAACUAGUAAAUCUAUGAAACAAAUACAUCAAUAGAAUUAUUGAAUCAGUGGAACUAGUAAAUCUAUGAAACACAUACAUCAAUAGAAUUAUUGAAUCAGUGGAACUAGUAAAUCGAUGAAACACAUACAUCAAUAGAAUUAUUGAAUCAGUGGAACUAGUAAAUCUAUGAAACAAAUACAUCAAUAGAAUUAUUGAAUCAGUGGAACUAGUAAAUCUAUGAAACACAUACAUCAAUAGAAUUAUUGAAUCAGUGGAACUAGUAAAUCUAUGAAACACAUACAUCAAUAGAAUUAUUGAAUCAGUGGAACUAGUAAAUCGAUGAAACACAUACAUCAAUAGAAUUAUUGAAUCAGUGGAACUAGUAAAUCGAUGAAACUCAUACAUCAAUAGAAUUAUUGAAUCAGUGGAACUAGUAAAUCGAUGAAACUCAUACAUCGAUAGAAUUAUUAAAUCAGUGGAACUAGUAAAUCGAAAAAAACACAUACAUCAAUAGAAUUAUUGAACCCGUGGAACUAGUAAAUCAAUAAAACACAUACAUCAAUAGAAUUAUUGAAUCAGUGGAACUAGUAAAUCGAAAAAAACACAUACAUCGAUAGAAUUAUUGAAUCAGUGGAACUAGUAAAUCAAUAAAACAAAUACAUCAAUAGAAUUAUUGAACCCGUGGAACUAGUAAAUCGAUAAAACACAUACAUCGAUAGAAUUAUUGAAUCAGUGGAACUAGUAAAUCAAUAAAACAAAUACAUCAAUAGAAUUAUUGAACACGUGGAACUAGUAAAUCGAUAAAACACAUACAUCAAUAGAAUGAUUGAAUCAGUGGAACUAGUAAAUCGAUAAAACACAUACAUCAAUAGAAUUAUUGAAUCAGUGGAACUAGUAAAUCAAUAAAACACAUACAUCAAUAGAAUCAUUGAAUCAGUGGAACUAGUAAAUCGAUGAAACUCAUACAUCAAUAGAAUUAUUAAAUCAGUGGAACUAGUUAAUCGAUAAAACACAUACAUCAAUAGAAUUAUUGAACCCGUGGAACUAGUAAAUCGAUAAAACACAUACAUCAAUAGAAUUAUUGAAUCAAUGGAACUAGUAAAUCAAUAAAACACAUACAUCGAUAGAAUUAUUAAAUCAGUGGAACUAGUAAAUCGAAAAGAACACAUACAUCAAUAGAAUUAUUAAAUCAGUGGAACUAGUAAAUCGAAAAAAACACAUACAUCGAUAGAAUUAUUGAAUCAGUGGAACUAGUAAAUCGAUAAAACACAUACAUCGAUAGAAUUAUUGAAUCAGUGGAACUAGUAAAUCGAUAAAACACAUACAUCGAUAGAAUUAUUGAAUCAGUGAAAAAAGUAAAUCGAUAAAACACAUACAUCAAUAGAAUUAUUGAAUCAGUGGAACUAGUAAAUCGAUAAAACACAUACAUGUACAUCAAUAGAAUUAUUGAAUCAGUGAAAAUAGUAAAUCGAUAAAACACAUACAUCAAUAGAAUUAUUGAAUCAGUGGAACUAGUAAAUCGAUAAAACAAAUACAUCGAUAGAAUUAUUGAAUCAGUGGAACUAGUUAAUCGAUAAAACACAUACAUCAAUAGAAUUAUUGAAUCAGUGAAACUAGUAAAUCGAAAAAAACACAUACAUCAAUAGAAUUAUUGAAUCAGUGGAACUAGUAAAUCGAUAAAACACAUACAUCAAUAGAAUUAUUGAAUCAGUGAAAAUAGUAAAUCGAUAAAACACAUACAUCAAUAGAAUUAUUGAAUCAGUGGAACUAGCAAAUCGAUAAACACAUACAUCAAUAGAAUUAUUGAAUCAGUGGAACUAGUAAAUCGAAAAACACAUACAUCAAUAGAAUUAUUGAAUCAGUGAAACUAGUAAAUCGGUAAACACAUACAUCAAUAGAAUUAUUGAAUCAGUGAAAAUAGUUAAUAGAUAAAACACAUACAUCAAUAGAAUUAUUGAAUCAGUGGAACUAGUAAAUCGAUAAAACACAUACAUCAAUAGAAUUAUUGAAUCAGUGGAACUAGUAAAUCGAUAAAACACAUACAUGUACAUCAAUAGAAUUAUUGAAUCAGUGAAAAUAGUAAAUCGAUAAAACACAUACAUCAAUAGAAUUAUUGAAUCAGUGAAAAUAGUAAAUCGAUAAAACACAUACAUCAAUAGAAUUAUUGAAUCAGUGAAAAUAGUAAAUCGAUAAAACACAUACAUCAAUAGAAUUAUUGAAUCAGUGAAAAUAGUAAAUCGAUAAAACACAUACAUCAAUAGAAUUAUUGAAUCAGUGAAAAUAGUAAAUCGAUAAAACACAUACAUCAAUAGAAUUAUUGAAUCAGUGAAAAUAGUAAAUCGAUAAAACACAUACAUCAAUAGAAGUAUUGAAUCAGUGGAACUAGUAAAUCGAUAAAACACAUACAUCAAUAGAAUUAUUGAAUCAGUGAAAAUAGUAAAUCGAUAAAACACAUACAUCAAUAGAAUUAUUGAAUCAGUGGAAAUAGUAAAUCGAUAAAACAAAUACAUCAAUAGAAUUAUUGAAUCAGUGGAACUAGUAAUUCAAUAGAAGAUUAAAUCAUCCAGUAAAACAUAAGCAUCAUAAUUAUUUCUGGUCAACAAUUUUGUAAAUGAAAAAACAAAAUGUCUUUUAUGCAUCAAAUACACCUAUUAUGAAUUAAUGGUUUACAUGUACAAAUACAUGAAUCGUAAUUAUACUUCAUAUAAAAUCAUCUAUAUUUUUUAAAAAAUAUUUCACUUGUUAACUUUCAAGGUUGUGUAAUUCAGAAUUGUAGCAUUCAUUCUUUUUGUAUAAUUAUAAUAUUUUCAUUUGCUUUUUUGUUGUAUAUAUUUUGCAUAUACAGUACAACUUGUGCAUAGCAACACCCUACGGAAGUUUAAGAUUCUGGUUGUUGUUGAGGGGUAUUGUCUUAGAGAGGUUAAAUUUAUUGUGAAUGUUUAUUUAUGGGAAGAAAUUAUAUUAUCGUUGUACACAGGUUGUUGCUCUACAGAAGGUCGCUCUCCAGAGGUUAUACUGUAUAUCAAGUUUUUUUCUUCAUGUUUUAGUUUGUGUUAUUGGUAUAUUUGAUUGAGUAUUUUAUUUACUUAUACAUGUAUGUAUUAAUGGACAAAAACAUCUCGCUUGUAUUAAAAGUAUUAGAUUGA